AGAUAGCGUAGAGAUAGCCCGGGAAAAAAGCUUGGGCUUCAUAUACAUGACCACCAGGACCUCCAACAAACCACAAUCUCCUUCAAAUUAAACAACUACCCUGCACUGCCCUGCCCUGCCCUGCCUCAUCUCAUCCACCACUCUCUCUCUGUCUGUAACAAUCCAAGAUGUCCAAGAUCUUGUCCACUCUCGUUUCACCUAUCAUUGCCGUCCGAAUUUGAGGGCACUUCAAUCCUUCUGCUUGAUAUUGCAUUAUUGUUCUUGCGCGUCCGAAUAAGGAUACCUAAAGAAUCCAAAAAUCCUUCACUCAUUCCUACAAACUCUUUCGGAUCUCUUUUACUGCUUUGCGACGAGAUACGAACUUCAUUCUCUAAAUCGGAUGCGAAAUCUUGGCAACAACUUCGAAGACUACGAAACCGACUAGAAGAUUGCAUAGAAAUGACUGGGAGAAAUUGGAGUUGGAAUUGAAUAUUUCACAGUCACAAGAAGAAUCCCCCUUCGCUGAUUCAAUAGCACGUUGAUUCACCAGAGUCAUCAGAUUGACUCAAGAGAUUAAAACCUUCGGUCAAUUUGAUGGUGGACAUAUAGAGGAGGGAAAUUUGAGAGUUUGCUUUGGAAGGAAGGAAUAGGACCCAGAAUAAUCCAAAUCAAAUGAGGAUCAACAAAUAACUGGAACUACCAACCAGCAACAAAUCUUGUGCCAUCCAAAGGGACUACUCACUUGCGACGCACAGUGUAAGUUAUUGCAUACAACAAACUUGACAAUCAAGUCUUGCCACGCCACCCCAAGGCACUUUCCGACUUCUAGAAUUUAUUGUGUGCCAACAUUACAUUUCACAAUGCCACAUAUCACGACAGCGAUGGAGUGGAGUAGGAGGAGGGGAAUUGGAGAAAUAUUGGUGGAUAGCUUUUUGAGGAAAAGAUCAAUUACAGACAAUGUCUCGAGUGUGAAGGAUUCUUUCAGUUCAUGGUCAAAUUGCAUGGCAGCUACAUAUUGCAAAUGGCCUGUUAUAGCAGCAAUGAUUAUCGGCGGCUUGAUGGUUUUUUCCAUAGUUUGGUGUAUAAUAAGAUGUGCUUGUUGUGGCAUGUCCUGUUGUUGCACUUGCUUUUCCUUUCUUAAAUGUUGCGAUUGUUGUGGUGGCUGUUGCGAUGGUAAAAAGGACCGUCCUCACAAACAUCUUGACGAUUAUCCACCUCCAAACCCAAAUCAAGGCUAUCAAGCCCCAGCCCCGAUGAUGGGCGGCGCGCUUCCUGCACGACCCGAACCUCCCAAAUAUGCAACAUUUGAAGUAGGCAAAAAUGGUCUCGCGGUCGAUCCGCCAAAGACUAUCUCAGAAGAUGCAUUACCGCCUAUGCCGACAUGGGAAAAUGCGAGCAAAGUACAUGUAAAUGAUGAUGAGAAAGGUGAUAUGGGCAUGGAAUUGAAGGAGCUAGAUCCUGUCACGGGACAGAAGAUGUCAUUGAUGAACGGAGGUGUCGCCAAUAGUCAUCCCAAUAGCCCAGCGGUUGGACCAGGGGGAAGCCCCUAUGGAAGACAACCUCAGGGUAUGAACAAUGGGUUUAUGAAUUCACAGGAUCCAUAUAACCAAAGUCAAGUCAAUUUAGGAGGAAACGGAAUGGGUAGAGGAUAUGGCGUAGGAGGAACACCGAGUUCAGGAAUGUCCAUCGAUCCGCUCAUAGGCUAUAGAGGAACGCCGCCUCCAAUGGGCCCAGGUAAUCAACAAGAUGGAAUUGGGUAUAGAGGAACACCGGGACCUGGGUCGGCAAUCGGAAUGGGAAAUGCAGGUAUGGGAUAUAGAGGAACGCCUCCACCUGGUGGUCGAGGAUAUCGCGGUGCACCUUCACCGGGCCCAGGAAUGAAUCGUGGACCAGGGCAAUUUAGGGGCGGACCCUCUCCAGCACCAAGCCGAGGAUAUGGAGGACCACCUCAGAACCAAGACUUUGAACCGACUAUGCCACAAGAAUUUAUUACCAGUGGCGGUUUCAAUGAUUCUCCAGUCUCGGCAUACGGUCAAGCAGAACCAAUGUACGAUAACCGACCAUACCCAGCCCAACCAUCACGUCAAUUUUCCAAUGAUUCCUCGAGGCCAUUGAACCAAGGAAGAUCAUACACCAACAACACUGAGCAGUCAUAUCAAUCCUAUCAAUCGGAUGAUUCCUCAAAUGUCGGUACAUAUCCUCCCCCACGCAUGCCUUCUAGGGGACCUGGACCAAAUGGACCGAAUAGAAUGAUGUCACCUGGCCCGCAGAUGGGAGGUUAUGGUGGUGCGCAACAAAGAGGAUUUAACAAUCAUUCACCUGCACCACCAUUGCAGCAAGAGACAUCAGUGUAUCCGGGAUACAAACCUUAUGCUCCACCAGAGCCAGAGACACCAGCAUAUCCAGGAUACAAGCCUUACACGCCAGCUCCUAGGUAGUGAUUAAAGAGUUUAAGAUUAAUGACAAAUGCUCGAAAGAAAGUGUGGGCGAGAGAGAAAGCCGGUCGAGCGGUAAUAUUUGAGAAGGAUACCACUAUAUGGACAUACUAGGGUUUAGGGAAUGGAGUAUUGAGGCGUUUAUAAUGGCUUAUGAAUUUAGCUGCUAUUGGGAUAUUCUUCAUUUGAUGCAUAGGAUGCAAGCGUUUAAAAGCCAUUUCGUUGGAUGGUAUAGGGCUAUUCUGAAAAAUGCCUCUUGGCUAUUUUAUUUUAUUCGGAAUUGAUGUAGCAAGUGUCUUCGGAACACUGCGGGAGUAUUUGUUGUAUAUUUAUAUUCAUGACUUCUUUUUCGCGGGGAGCUGUAAAUACCCUUGCUUAGCUUGGAUCUAUUUAAGAGUGAUUAGGAUUAUUUAUAUUCUUCCG